CGACCAGCUGGCUUCCCUUGGUCAAGGGCAUGGUCAGGCAGUUCAUCAGGGACCUUCCAGUUGGUUAAUUCAUUGCAAGUCCAGCAAAGAACCAGAAUGACCCACUUUAGGGACCAGCUACGCCCACGUGGUACUUGAUUGGGGGGGGGGGGACAGGUAGACCUAGGAGGGUCUUUAAAUAUUUCUUCAUGGUUGGCAGCACCUGCCUUCACUUGCCACCUUGCUGCUGUGAGGUUGGGUAAGUCUGUUGUGUGGACUGGAAGGGAUCCUGGCUCCACCUCUGCAUACUUGGACAUGCUCUGUUUUCUGCUACUCAGGCGAAGAGGAUGUGAUUGGAUGUUUUAGACACAAGUCAUUGGAGAUUCUUCUGUAUCGAGGUUGAAUGCUCAUUGCGCGAGACUAUUGCAAGUGACCUUAUUAUAUUUUUAGCUACAUGACACAGGCCUGGCAGUAUAUCCAGUUAUAUCUGCCCAUCCAGCUCAGGCCUCUAGCAUCUGCUGCUGAGUGUGAACAGGUUUGGAGGCCUCGUGGCAGUGGGAGUUUCAAACUCCUUCAUUCCUUGGUCCAGACUGGGACCUCCCUUCCUGACUACACCCCAGGUCCCUCUGUCUGGGCAUCUGGUUCACUGUGGCUGAUGCUCACAGCUAUCGCUGCCCUAUUCCUUCUCACCAACACCCUCCUGCCCUGAAACCAGGCAGCUCAGGACCUGGCAGGUCCUCCUGGCUAACAUGGAGGGUGGGGAGCACACACAAUGGUCUGACAAGCUAGACACAGGUAUUCCUGCUUCAUGCAGAACUAGCCCAGAGGCCAAGUUGACAUGCCAGGCUUUCUCUCACCGAGAACUUGGAGUUUACUGCUGUGGCCCAGACAGUCAAGACCCCUCCCUUAGCCAUCUGGUCUUCUCCCUGAUGAUGUCUCAGGGCUGGUUUUGAGUUUGCGGGUUGCCUGUUGCGAGGUUUUCUUGCCAUUGCGAGGUCACUUUUUAGUGCUUGUGAACAGUGAUGGAGAGGAUCAGCAACCUGCUCAGUCCCUUUGUCAUUUGGUGAACUUGAUCACAGGAAUCUUGGAAUUUCCCAAGUUCCUUAUGAUCAUGGCGUCUGAGCAGCCCAGAGUUAUGACUCAGAGCUUAGAGAAAGGAGUCAUGUUCUUUUGGAAGCCUUUUAUUCUGUCCACUACUUUCGUGUUCCAGUUGUUAAGAGUGCUGUGGGAGUGUCCUGAUGUAACCCUCACCUGGUUCGAGGAGGAAGUGCUCCAAUUCAUAAUUCAUGGUCCAUCCCAGUGUUAACAUAGGCUAACCUCUCUCUUUAUUUUUGGGAGAAGAUCUGGAAUGUAAUUUGGCUGUGUGUUCUCAGAAGCAUUUAGAGAAUAGAAGAAAACCACAGUGCCAUUAGUUUGCCUGAUACUGUAAUUGGGAAUAAGAAGUGUCUGCUCUGUCAGCUACAGCUUGGUGGCCUGCAGGCUAAGCCUUCAGGGGGUGUGGGUGACCAGCAGCUGUGCAGCAGAAACAGUGCUAUUGCAGGAGACAAAUACUCUACUCGGGUUCCCUCAGCACCCACACUGUGGCCCUGUGCAGACAGAUGCCUGGCUCUGCUCUGCCCAGCCCUGGUGUGGACAGGUGCUUCUCAGGGAGCAGAAUCAGGAAAGGGGCAGUGGACCACCCAGGACCUGUGUGGUGGCCCCUGAGGCCUGAGCAGCAGACCGAGAGGGCCACCAAUGUCCUGCUCCUCCCAUGGCCAUGACAGGGCCCGUGGCCCAGGCCACAUACCUACCCAUGAUCUGUGUAGAGAAGUCAGUGCCGUGUGAUCCAGAGCUCCUCAGUCCCCAGCCCACUGUUUGGAGCCAGGCUUCACCAGACACUCCAUCUCCAUGUUUGGGGUUGUCCUGUGUGCUGUAGGACAUCGAACAGCAUUCCUGGCCUCCUUUAUGAUGACAACUCAAAAUGCCUCCAGACAUGACCAAUGUCUCCGGGACUUAGUCACCUGGUAGAGAACCAAUGGGUCGGAACCUGCACCUCCAUGCCCCAAACAGGGUGCCAAGUGUUGGGGACACAGUAAACAAGUGGCAUGGUCUCAGGCCUGCACAGCUUACAGCACAGAAUGGCCCGUGAAUAGGCCGAGGUGGCCUUCCCAUGACCCUCAGAGUGCCACAUCAGGGCAUGGUGUGUCCCCAGUGCAGCAGGAAGGUCAAGGCUGAGACAGAAGCAGGUGCAGUUGCACCUGUGGUGCCCGGCUUGGCUUGAGUGAUGCUUGGUCCAGAGCCUGCAGGGUUAGGACGGUGGGCAAGGUUGUAUCCCACUUGUCUCCUUCUCUAUUUGGGAGGAUCAUCACCCCUAGAACCUGAGCAGAGACCCAGGGAAGGGGACUCCAAGAUGGUGCAGGCCUGUGGCUCCUCGCCAGCCCUGGGGGGCCAUCUCCACUGGCUUCUGGUGGUCAGGAGGAGGUGAUGGCUGUUGUGUCAGCAGCAGCACUGUCUGCCAAGGGGGUCAGGAGCUUAUCAGGAGGGAGAUGCUUCCCCAGCCCCCACUUGCUGAACCAUGAUCUUUGGGGAGAGGGUCUGAGCAUUUGUAGCUUUCCAAGCUUCCCAAAGGAUUCUGAUGCUGCAUCAUAGUGGCUUCUCUGUAGCUGUCAUAUGCUGCAUAACAAAUAUCUCCUUUUCCAACCUCUUGGGCAGAGGAGUCCAGAGAAAAUUCCCAAGGAAUGGGAGUUUAAACAGCUAGCUGUCCUUUGCGCUUUAAUGAGGAAGUGUUGAGCUAUCUUUUUUUUUCUAUUGGUUAAGUUUUUGAGGUAUAAUUUAUGUACAGUCAGCUUUUAGUGUGUGUACAUUUUUUUUUUUGCGUUGACCAAUGCAUACAGCUGUGAACAAGCACCACAAUCCAGAUAUAGAAUGUCCCAGCACCCUCAAAAUCUCUGGUGCUGCCCCUUCAUAGCCAGUCGCCUAUCCCCAGUCACUGGCAACCACUGAUCUGUUCUCCAUCCCUAUAGUUUUGCCUUUUCCAGAAUGUCAAAUAAAUAGCAUCAGACAACAUGCAGCUUUUUCAGUCUAACUUCUUUAAUUCAGCAAUGUUCUUCAACUUUUUUUUUUCACUAUUGUUUCCCUUCAAGGAGCCUUUUUAAACAUUUUUUCCUAACACUUCUCGUGAAAUUUUAAUACCACCGAUGUACUGUUUAUGUGUGCCAUGCAGACAUAGUAAGGACCGGAGCCCUUCCUCUGAGCCCCAGGGGCGUCUCUCGGGGCUUCCGAGCAUGGUCAGAAGAUGGCUCUGAGCGCCAUGUUGAAAAAGGGCUGCAGGUGAGGAAGGUGAUGGGAGAUGUCCCUCAAGAGGCUGCUGUGGGAAUUCCAGUAGGGCCAACAUGGCCUGACCCCUGGGAAGUGCUCGGACUCUGGGUGAGGGGUCAUGGGCUGCUGGACUGGGGUUGCGGGGGAAUGAGAAAAAAGCCGAUUCUGCUCCUGCCUUGUGUGUUACGGGCCUAAACGCAGUCUCGGGUCCUACCUGCUAAUGGCUUGGCCCUGGAGCCUACUUCACAGAGCUGCUGUGACCACUCAGUGGACAACAGGUGCCAAGACACUGGCUCAGGAUGACUGCUGUCCCAACUUGGGAGCCCACACAGCAAAGAAGGGAUCCUCUGAGCCCUGUGGUGGACUAGCAGACCGCCCUUGUUCAGUCAUUGAGAGUGGCUGCUGAGCAAUCUGUGGACUGGGCUGGGAGGCUGGCGAAGACCUAGACCCAAUUCCCGUCCUCUCCUCAGGCUCCUUCCAGGAUCCAGGACAAGGAUAGAGGCUGCCUGAGCCUGGUGGAUGGCCCUCAUCACCGUGGAGCUUCUCUCUGUUCCCAACAUUCCACGGUUCUAUUGGAAGGCACACUUCCAUGGGGCACCAUGGGCAAGUGAGAUGCUUCUCGGAAACAUUCUCUUAGAGGACACUCGGUGAUCUCAGGGAAAGCACUACGCUCUGAUGACAGUGAGGAGGAGGAGGAUGGUGGUACCGUGUCCCCCAGCGAAUUGCAAGAAAAUGCAGUGAAGAAGGCAAGGGAGACCAAGACGCUGAAGUUAUACAGCUCCUGGAAGAGAAAUGCUAGAAUGUUGCAGACGGAGAGGCAAGGAGAAUAAGGGCGACCAUGAAGCCUGUGAUCCCAGAAGGAAAGGGGUACAGACCCUCCAGCUGGGGCGUCCCACGGACCCGCAGGCCUCUCGGUCGGAAAUGGAAGAGCACAUUUCAAACCUUUGGGAAAGAAGUGUGCCUCGCAGAUCUUCCAAUGUGUCCCGUCCCCAGUGCUGUUCACCAAGAUCCCAUCUUCUGUGAGUGCCAGGCCAGAUUUGGGGGCCACCUGCCAGUGCCCAGGGCUGAGGCAGCGCUACCUUACUGGGUCCCUCUAACCCUGAGACCUCAAAAGCAGAUCGAAAAGACGGUCCGGGUUUAUAUCCCCGAAGCCACCAAGGCGUGUCCCUGCUCACGCCACCGCUUCGGGGGUCGCCUCCCGAUGCCUAGGGAUCAGGCCACGAUGCCCUACUGGGUGCCCCGGGUCCUGAGGUUUCACAAAAAGGUGGUGAAAAGGCAGCAGAGUCUGAAAGGCAUCCAAGGCCUGAUUCACUUUCUCCAUCUAGAGACCCCCCUGGACUCACGCUCCUGGUACAACCGCUGGCGGAUCUGCUGUGACGGACACCUCCUCCUCAAGUGGCAGCAGCUCCAGGCCCUUCACCGGGAUGGGCCACUGGCCCUGGAGAGGGGAGCGAAUCCCCAGGUCCCCCUCCUGCCCCUCAACCUCAGCUUUCUGACCUUCCUCCAGGCUGUCCUGAGGGUCAUCGUAGUCAUUCGCCAAUUUUUUUGGGUUUGAAGUUGGAAUCUUCAGCUACUGUCAAGAACAUCCUCAAAAAUGCCAGUCAUAAUCAAGGUCUUUAACAAACGUCAUCAAAUCAGGAGGAGUCUGUGAUAGCCACUAUUUUCUCAGCUCACAUAAUGCACACCCAAGUUUCAAUCUAAAUUAUUUAUCAUCAAGUGAUUCUUAGUUGUAGCAGGGUUACUGUGAAUGGGUUGAGAUUCUGUUAUGAAUGUGGUCAAUAAAUGUUAUUUGUGAAACUCUAAA